AAGCGUACGCUCCACUCGGUUCUCGGGUCGUCGGGCCGACCGAACCGAAGGAAGGCCCGAAUGAUGUCUUAUCAACAUCAAAACAAUGAAAUGAUAAUUAGAAUUUUAUACAAAUAUAACACACAUGGCAGCUAGUUAAACAGUUGAUAUACAUUCUAAGCUAGGAUGAGAAUUAUGUAUUUUAAUCAAAGAUUAUUGAAAACUGUGGGUUUACGUUUAAAUCUACGACAUGCUAGUUAUCAGACGUCUGAAAUUAGGAUAUAUGAAGUUGGACCAAGAGAUGGUUUGCAGAACGAAGUAAAGUUUGUACCAACAGACAUCAAACUUCAACUCAUUGAUAAAUUGGCAGCAGCUGGCAUAAGAAACAUAGAAUCUGCUAGUUUCGUCAGUCCAAAAUGGGUAAAGCAGAUGAGUGACAGUGUAGAUGUGAUGAAGAAUCUCAAAAGAAUUCCAGGAGUCAAUUACCCUGCUUUAGUUCCCAAUCUGAAAGGCUAUGGAACUGCUAAAGAAUGUAAUGUGGAGGAAAUAGCAAUUUUCCCUGCUGGAUCAGAAGGGUUCUCACAGAAGAAUUUGAACUGUUCUGUGGAAGAAGGGUUAAGGAGGUUUAAAGAAGUGGCUGACCAGGCUAUGAAGGAUGGCUUGCGAGUCCGUGGCUAUGUUUCUUGUGUUCUAGGCUGUCCCUAUGAUGGACCAAUCAACCCUAAAAUUAUUGCAAAGAUAACUGAAGACCUCCUGAACAUGGGCUGUUACGAAAUUUCCCUCGGCGACACUAUAGGCGUCGGCACCGCCGGUUCUGUGCGCCGCCUGUUGAAGGAGGUUCUCACGGUGGCGCCCCCUGAGACCCUCGCUCUUCACUUCCACGACACAUACGGCCAAGGACUUUCUAACUUGCUGGCUGGAUUAGAGGUACAAAACCUCAAUCCUCACUAUUUUCAAUUUGGAAUCAAGACCGUAGACUCCUCCAUAUCAGGGCUUGGCGGAUGUCCGUACGCGCGGGGGGCCAGCGGCAACCUGGCCACCGAAGACCUAGUCUACUUCCUAUACGGCCUCGGCGUCAACACCAACAUAGAUCUAGUCAAGCUUGUUGAAGCUGGCCGAUACAUUUCCAAUUUCCUCGGGAAACCCACGGAGUCCCGAGUCAAUCGGGCUCUGGGAGACAAGUUUAAGAACAGCAAACAAAUUGUUAAAAUGGCUGCGUGUGAUAUUUGAUCAUGUCAAAUCUAAUUGGACGAAGAUAGCUCUAAGUACACUUAAUCAUUUCUACCGUAAAAUGUAAGCAAAAUAAUAUAUAUUUUUUUAUCAUUUAUACAAUGUUUGUUAUUGAAUUUAAAGAUCUACAGGCAAAUAAUAAAUUUGUAUUACUUAUUAA